AUGGCCGCCGGGAGGAAGGUGACGAUGAGCAGCGCCGGCGUGGCCGCCGCGCUGGUGGCGCUGCUGGUCGUGGCGGCGGCGUCGGGCGCGGCCGGGCUCAGGGUCUGCAGCGUGGACAGGGACAGCGUCGUCAACAACUGCAAGUCCUACUGCACGGUGGGCAGCACGGAGGCCAGCCCCAGCGGCGCGUGCUGCAACGCGGUGCGCGGCGGCAACUUCAAGUGCCUCUGCCAGUUCAGGAACGCGCUGUCCCCGGACAUCGACGGCAACCGCGCCAUGCAGAUCCCCGCCAAGUGCGGCUACGGGGCGGCCUCCUGCUAG